AUGAGGUGCUCCAUACAGCUGAGCUUCUAUAUACUUCUCUUGCUCUCGUUCAAUUGUCACUCCCAUGUGGUGGAGUGGACGUACCAAGAAGGAGAGGUUGAUGAAGCAAACUGGGCAAAAAAGUAUCCGCUAUGUGGUGCAACACACCAAUCUCCCAUUGACAUCCAAAAAAAGAAAGUUGUAUACAACAGUGAAAUGUCCUCAUUUGAACUUGAAGGGUAUGAUGGGCCAUUGCAUGGAGAUUUUGAACUCACCAAUAAUGGUCAUUCAGUGCAGAUAGGACUACCAUUCACAAUGAAAAUUAAAAAAGGGCUCCCCCAUGUGUACACUGCAGUACAGAUGCACCUUCACUGGGGUGGCCUUGACCUGGAAACCAGCGGUUCGGAGCAUACUAUUGAUGGAAUGAGGUACAUGGCAGAGCUGCACAUUGUGCACUAUAACUCUGAGUUAUAUGGUAGCUUUGAUGAGGCCAAGGAUAAGCCUGAAGGCCUUGCUGUGCUUGCAUUUCUUUAUGAGGAUGGCCACUUUGAAAACACAUACUAUAGUGAGGUCAUUUCCAAACUUACUACAAUUCGCUAUGCAGGCCAAGUGACCAAAGUAAAAAUUCUUGAUCCCCUGGCAAUGCUUCCUGAAAACCUGGAGAACUUCUAUCGUUAUCAGGGCUCUCUGACGACUCCUCCCUGUACAGAGAAUGUGCUAUGGACAGUGUUUGACUCAAAAGUGAUCCUGUCUCAAAACCAGAUCAAGCUGCUGGAAAACACUCUAUUGGACUGGCACAAUAAAACCUUACGUAAUGAUUAUCGCCAUGCCCAGCCUCUCAAUGACCGCGUUGUAAAGUCCUCUUUCCGUGUUAAAAUGCCAAAAGGUGAGUACAGCAUAAUUAAAUAA